AUGACCAGGGAUAACGACAUUGAGAAAGCAGGUUUCAACACCAAACUUGUACAUGGAGACGACUCUUCAGCCCGAGUUCCUGAUGUCGUUCAACCGAUUAACGUUUCUACUACUUUCAGAUACAAUGAUGAUCCUGCUUCCUUAGUAGCAGCUCUUGAUCUAGAACCAGGAAGCGGGAUAUUGGAUAACUUGAUCUACUCCCGUCUCUCCCACCCUAACUCAGAGAAACUCGAGCAAGUGUUUGAAGGGAUUCUAGAUGGCCAUGUGGUCAUGUACAGCUCAGGUUUGGCUGCAUUCAUGGCUAUGCUUACUCACUAUAACCCCAAAGUCAUAGCCAUCGGACAGGGUUACCACGGCUGUCACGGGAUCGCCGAUAUUUUCACUAGGUUGAACGGCUUGAAACAAAUAGGUCUGGACGAUGAUUAUAGUCAGCUAGGACCAGGAGAUAUCGUUCACUUGGAGACUCCCGUGAACCCUGAAGGUGUUUCCUUUGAUAUCAAGCAUUAUGCCGAGAAGGCCCAUGCUAGGGGUGCUUAUCUUGUUGUUGAUUCCACACUAGCGCCUCCACCUUUACAGGAGCCUUUUAAAUUCGGUGCUGAUAUGAUUAUGCAUUCUGCUACCAAGUUUUUUGGAGGCCAUUCGGAUCUAUUAGCUGGUUGCCUGGUCACUAAAGACCUAGAUAUCAAGCAUAAGCUGAUUGAGGAUAGAGUUUACUUGGGGACGAACGUUGCCAACCUUGAAAGUUUUCUUCUUCUUAGAUCACUGAGGACUUUCAAAAUUAGACUCCUAACUCAGAGUCAAAGUGCUCAGCAACUGGUGCAGUACUUGCAAAAUCACAUUAAGGAGUUCUCUGCUUUAUCUGCUGUUCACCACUCAUCUCUUCAAAAAGACGCCUACAUUAAAGAACAGCUUCCGAUUGGGCAUAGUCCGGUUUUCUCCAUCGACGUUGACUCCCCAGAAACUGCUCGUCAAUUACCGUACCGUUUGAAAUAUUUCCAUCACGCUACUUCACUUGGAGGUGUUGAAAGUCUUGUCGAAUGGAGAUCAAUGACUGAUAAGAGCGUCAGUCAAACUUUAGUUAGAGUUUCUGUUGGUAUCGAAGAUGUCGAAGAUUUGAUCCAAGAUUUCCACCAGGCCCUUUCCGGUCUCAGUAAAUAG